CACCACGUUGAUCUCUUGCUCCACACAGCUCUGCUGAUACUCCAGAAGAUGUGCUCCCGGGGGUCCUGCCAUGACUACGAGUCCUCCUGCCACGGAUCCAGAUCUUCCUGCCACAGAUCCCGCUCCUGCCACGACUCGGGGCCCUCCUGCCACUACACCAUCCAGAGGCAGCCUGUGCAGAAGUUCAGCUACGUGACCCCCUGUUGCCCCCCCGUGCAGCGUUAUUGCUCCCCCCUGCAGAGUUAUUGCCCCCCCGUGCAGCGCUAUUGCCCCCCGGCCCCCUACUGCCCCCAGUACACCAAGAACAUCUGCAAGAUGCCACCAAUGUACCCCAAGUACUGA